AUGAACAAUCUUACCACAAAGUUGUUUGGGUUUAUUCUCAAGAACGAACUGGAGUUUUCUAUACCCUUGGAGCAUAAACAACCGCUACUAGCUUAUAUACAAGAAGAACAGCAGACAGAUAAUGAUGGUAAUAGUGGAAAGGAACAGAUACUAUGGCCUCCACAAUGCACCUUGAAUAAUCCAAUGGCUUCGAGAUUCAUAGAGCUAUUGAAUCUUAUUUAUAAGAAGGAGAUUCAAAUUAAUAAUCUUCAACUCUUAUAUUCCAUUUUAACACUUGGCUUAAGAUUCAUUACAUACAGAAAUCCGAAUAAAAAUAAAACUCUUAUGGAUGAACAGCAGCUAUUUGAAAAAAUUUUGGAUUUCAGAUUCAAUAAGGACCUGUAUCAAUCUAUCAUCAACGAGGAAGAUACUGAUAUGACAAGCAAAUUGAUACAAUUUUCUCUAGAUAAAUGCUUUAAGUUGAAAGAAAGUUAUAAUUGGAAAAUAAUCUCUCUUCUAAUAAAUAUUUUAGAAGAUUGCCCGAAACUAAUUCCAUUCAUUGUUAAUAAUAUCUUAAAGAAAAAUGUUAACAAGUUAACAACUGUUUUCAAUUCUUUAAAUGAUUUCCAAUUCGGAGUUUCAUUAGUUCAAUUAUUUCAUAUUUGCUCUUUCCCAUUGAACUUGCAAAUUGAUCACGUUUUAUCUUCAACAUUAAUCAACUAUGAAUAUCUUUUAAAUCUUCCAUUGGUUAAUUUUAGAAAAUUAAAAAAAUUAAUUACUCCAAUAAUGAAGAUUUUAAAAAGAUNNNAAAAAUUAAUUGACCCAAAUAUUUCUCAUUUCAUUCAAAUUAUUUAUGAUAAAUUAUAUUUAUGGAAUGGUAAGAAAAUUUCAAUAAAUAAUGAUUGGAAAUUCGAUCUUUUAUUAGAAUUGAACAAAAAUGAUAUUGAAAUUAAUAAAAAUUUGAAAAAUAAGCUAAUAAUUAGCUUUAAAGAUUCACAAACCUCAUCAGCAUCAUCAGGUACUAAGUCAAAAUUUGGAUUGAAUUUUAAUUUCUUACAAUUAGAAUUUAUGUCCUUGCAGGAUUGUGAUUCAUUCUUUUAUGAUAUUAAUAAUAUUAAAAAAAUUAGUGAAGUCCAAACGUACUUAACUUUGAAUUAUUUAGACGUCUAUGCAGACGAUGAAGAUGAAGAUGAACUAAUUCAAGAGGAAACACAUACACAAACACAAACACAAACACAAACACAAGAAACAAAUCUCACAAAUAAUACAAUCACCUCAUUACCUGAAGAUGUUGCUUCCAAUUUUUACCAUAAUGAGGCAAAAAGUUCAAGGGCAACAAACCCCACGCAAUCAAUUAUUACACCUGAACAAUCUGAUAAUAAGAUAAAUACUGAUGAGUGGGAUUUCCCAUCUACCUCACAAGGAAAAAAUACCAAUAAUAAUAAUAGUUCUAAAGGUAACUGUAAUAUGCUGACUAGUAUAACGCCGAAGAAAAGUGAUAAAGUUAUUAAAGAAAACCAUAGUGCAUCUGCUGCUAUAGAUUAUAAUACAACAUCCUCUAAUAAUAACAACAAUAUAUGUGAACAAUCUCCGUUGGUAUUAGUACAAAAGAGGAAAAUGAUUAGAGAAACAACCAGAACUUUAGAAAGAUUAAAAAAUGAAUUCAAGUUAAUGGAAGAGCAUUCUAAAGACUCUCGAUCGCAAUCUCUUCCACCUGAACAAAUUUUAAAAAAUAACGAAAAAGAUGCUGGUGAUAAUAUUGCUUCCUUGAUGAUCCUAAAUGAUAGCAAUAUAAAUAAAGAUGUUAACAAUAACAAUUCAGUCCAAGGUUCUGUAAAAAUGAUAGAAAUUAAAACCCCAUCACCACAACCAGUACAGCCAGCACAGAUAACAAAUCAGAGAAAAAUCCAACCUCCAAAACUAAAAGAAGUUGCUUCCAUUGCUAAGAAAGAUAUAAACGUAUUAAAUACAAUUUUUGGUUCAAACAACAAAUCUAAAAAGAUACCUCGUAAGAGCUUCGAGAAACCAAAUAAAAAUAAAUGUAACAAGCAAAAAAAGUUGAAUACUUUUAAACCGUUGGUUGUAAUUCCAUCUCAAGAUAUUCCUGAAAAUAAAUUUAAGAAGAUAAAUGAAGGUAAAAGCCCUUCCGGUAAAAUACCGCCCGUCCAAGAGAAAGUAAUCCAAAAUGAAAAAUUAAAACUCCCAUCAGUAGUACCCUUAAAGAAGAGGAAAACUGAAGCGGUUAUUUCCAAAAGUAAUAAGAAAAGACAUACUGUGAAUGACAAAGAAGCACCCCAUGGCUUAACAACCCCUGAACCAAGCGACAAACAGCAUAAUAAUAAUAGUACUCCAUCGCCAAUAUCCAAUGGAAAAAAUAACAAAAGUCUCACAGUUGGAAUCCCUGGGGGCCAGGCCUCUGAUAAUGAAAAUGACGUCAAUACUAAUACCGAAAUCUCAAACGAAUUCAAUUCAACAACUAUUGUUGGAAGUGGUGGCCAGGCAAAUAAUUCCCAUCAGAUCAAGACUAACUUUAUACCAAACCAAAGUUUAAUAACCUCCUCCUCCUCCUCAUCGUCAUCGUUCACAAAUGCCUUACAACAACAAAUUUUUUCAUCUAUUUCGAAUUUUUCCAAUGAACUAAUCAAAAAGAUUGAAAUUAUCAAUAAAGAGUUGAAUAAUAAGAUUCUUAAAGAAUUAUCAGAAAAGUAUCAACGACUUUUUAAAGAAUUGCAAAAGAAUUUCCAAAAUGAUACCGAUGAAAUGUUCAAAUUUAUGGGUGAAAUACAAGGAUUAUUGCAUUUACCAGAAGAUGAAUUAAUUAAUGUAAUAAGAGCAAGAAAAUUUUGA